GGAGACAGGCAGCAAGCACUGGGAUACUGUUCCAGCACGUACAAGAGAGAAAUGUCUUCAGAUGAGUGGUCAGCAGCUGAGGAUGAAGGCCAGCUGUCCCGACUCCUCCGGAAAUCGAGAGACUCCCCCUUUGUCCCCGUGGGCAUGGCAGGCUUUGUGGCUGUGCUGUCCUACGGUCUUUACAAGCUAAAUUCCAGAAGAGAGCAGAAGAUGUCCCUUCAUCUCAUCCACGUGCGGGUUGCCGCCCAAGGAUGUGUGGUGGGAGCCGUGACUCUAGGUGUUCUCUACUCUAUGUAUAAGGACUAUAUCAGACCUCGGUUCUUCAAUGUACCCAAAAAGUAAAGCCAGAAGCUGGAAGCAAGGACGGCCGGCUCCUUCAGUGCUAGCAUCAGAAAAAGGAAUUCUCAUUGUGUUCUGAAUCAUGCUACAACGUGUAACUCACACAGAAUCCUCAUAGAAUCUGUAUCUCACGAUGCUAAGCGGUUGCUCUCUAAAUCCUCUCGGUU